AAAAUCCAUGGAAAGAAGACCAGGAUCAUGUUGUCCUUCCUGUGUUGGAUCUUACUGUACAGAUGCCAAGAUACAUUAUAAGAAUGGUGACCAUUGGGAUAGAGACAGUUGUACUACAUGUACCUGUAUACAGGGAGAAAUUGUGUGCAGUAGGAAAGACUGUAUGAUAGAUUUUGAAUGUGAAGGGAAAGAAUUGAACAUAACCAGGGAAAGUGAAUGCUGCUCAGAAUGUAUUCUUCCUAAAGAUACGUGUACCAGUGAGAGUCCAGCACGUUACCAUGGUGAUAUAUGGAAUGUAACUGACUGUGAGUUCUGCACAUGUAGACAGGGUAAAGUUCAGUGCUUUACAGCUGUAUGUGAACCAGCUAUCUGUCUGGAGAAUGAAAUGUUGAUACACCAGCCAGGUAAAUGCUGUAAAGAGUGUGUACCAAGACCUACAUGUUAUUUUGGAGGAGAAAUGUUCCAUACUGGUGAUAGUUGGCAGCCAGACAGUUGUACCUUAUGUCAGUGUGGACACGGAGAUAUGGUGUGCUUCAGUAAAUCCUGCCCCAUCUGUCCAGAAGGAAGUAUAGGUGUACCACAACCUGGAGAAUGUUGUGGCAAAUGUCAGAAAAUGACCUGUGCUACAGAAUGUAAGGAUUGUAAAGUGACAGACACUAAUCACUGUACAGAAUGUAAGAUCUCAGGACUGUAUCUACAGGAGGGAAGAUGUGUACAGAAAUGUAAAGAUGGUCUCUAUGCAGACAGGAAGAAAAAAUGCCAUGCUUGUCAUGAUAGUUGUAAGACAUGUGUUGAUAUAACAAGAUAUCAUUGUCAGACCUGUAAACCAGGAUUAUUGUGGAGAGAGGGAGAAUGUGUAUCCAGAUGUGGAAUGGGGUACUACCAGGAGACCACACAUUGUUACAGUUGUGAUACAAGCUGCAGUUUGUGUUUAGGACCAAAAGACAACCAGUGUCUAGCUUGUUCCCAGAAUGGUCUGGUCCUUCAGUCUGGUAGAUGUGUAGACCACUGUUCAUCUAGUUCCUACCUACAGAAUGGAGAAUGUUUAGAAUGUCCAGCCACAUGUCAGACCUGCUCUAGUGAUGGUCAGUCCUGUACUAGUUGUUAUGACAGCCUUGUCCUACAAAGAGGUCAGUGUCUGUCUCAAUGUCCCAAGCAGUACUUUCCAUCAUAUGGUGCCUGCAGUGAAUGUCAUCCAAGCUGUAAAUCAUGCUCUGGACCAACUGAUACAAACUGUCUAAGCUGUGCAGAUGGCUCAAAGCUCAGUAAGAAAGGGAGAUGUAAGAUGCCAUGUUUGGAUGGCCAAUAUUUGACAAAAGACAGUACUUGUAAAGACUGUGGAUUUGGAUGUGGUAAAUGUCACACAUCAAGGGAUGGAACUACAUCAGUAUGUUUGCAGUGUCUUCACCCAUCUAUGGUGGCUUUUGAUGAUAUCUGUAUGAGAGCUUGUCCUGUUGGAAGAUACAAGGAGCUGGGUAUUUGUAGAGUAUGUGGAAGUGGAUGUCUACGUUGUGAAUCCAAUAGUAUUUGUCAUGCCUGUGGACCUAACCAGAUCGUAUCUGAUGGGAUAUGUGUCAGACAUUGUAAACCUACGCAAUAUGUAGAUGGACGGCAAUGUAAAGAUUGUCCAGAGCACUGUAUGGAGUGUAUGUCCAGUACAGACUGUUCUCAGUGUGAUGGUCAAACCUACUUGUUAAACAGACAGUGUGUCCCAACCUGUGGAAAGGGGUACUAUCAAAAUAAAAAGUCACGGAGAUGUGAAAGAAAUGAACAACCUCCCACAAUACAGUUAACAGGACACAUACAAGUUGAAGAGAAAGAUGUCACUGAAAUACCUGCCUCUAUUUUCAACUUGAAUGACCCAGAUACACCUUUGGAUAGCCUCGUUAUCAUUGUAGCAGAACCUCCAACAAAUGGCAACCAUAUUGUCAAAUGUAACUUGGGUAUGGAUGUCAUAUUGGAGGCAGGAGAUACCAUUACUCCACAGGAAUUAAAAGAUGGAAAAGUCAGAUUUAUUCACAAUUCUCCUGUUCUUUCUGCUGGAAGGAUAUCAUUUAAAGCAUUUGACAGACAGUUAUACAGUACAGAGAGAGUUCUACAUAUACAAGUUAUCAAUGACCACCCUCCUCAGCUUGUCAGAAAUGAACAUGUGCUGGCUACUGUAGGGGAGAUAACCCCAUUUGAUAAUCAAAUUUUAGAACUGAAAACUUUGGAUCCUGUGAAAACAUUGGUUAAUGUUAUUGAAGGUCCUCUGCAUGGGAAAUUUAUUGAUCGAGGGACACAGUCACCUGUAAGCUCUUUCUCAGUAGAGGAACUACAUACCAGUUCUAUAGGGUACCAGUUAAAUCCAUUAGUGACGGCAGCCAGAGACAUGUGCAUCAUACAAGUCACAGAUGGAUAUCAUGUCCUCAGUUUUAUUGUCAAUUUUGAAAUUAGGCAAAAGGAGAACUUGUCUCCCCUGAUUGUCAAUAAUGAAGUGGGACAUGUAUAUGCCAAGGAUAUGUUACGGAUAACACCCACCAUGUUGAUGGCUAAGUCAAUGUCUGAUGGCAAAGAGGUCAUAUAUACCCUAAACCCUACCACCAAUAAUCCUCAACAAGGAGAAAUAUUAAUGCUAGUACCAGUCCCACCAAAUGGUUUAGGUCAAGGUUGGAAAGAAAUGGGAAGUGGGAAAAUGGCCGCUAAAAUGUUUCAGUUUUUGCAGAGAGAUAUAAACGAGGGCAGAAUAUGGUAUCAAAAUACAGGCUCAAAGUCCACAUCAGAUGUUGUUACUUUUGAGGUUAGAGACUCAUUUGAUCCACCAAAUGUUUUAAAAGAGCAGACUAUGCAUAUAAAAAUAAUGGAACCUCCAUUAGAUGAGGCUAUACCAACUAUAGCCCCUGGUGUCAGACUUGGGAUGUCGGUAUUUGAAGAUCAAGUUGUUCCAGUUACCAUCUCUGACCUGUUUUUCCAUGACCCAGAUACACAUAAUGGAGAAAUAAUUUACACAAUAACAGUGCCUCUGAAACAAGGGGAAGGAACUCUGGAGAAUAAAAACUUUCCUCUACAACCCUUUUCCCAGUUUACACAGGCUGAUCUGAUGCAUAACAAGAUUAUUUAUCAUCCGCCAAAGUCAGACGUUGGCAAGGAGGAAAGAGAAGUGUUCUUUAAAUUUACAGUAUCUGAUGGCAGAGUUCACAAAGAUUUGAUGGAAUAUAAAUUCAACAUCCGUAUCUUACCAGUAAACAAUCUGCCUCCAUCUUUUUUACAUCCGUCUGCUGAUGUCACAGUAGCACAGGGAGGGAAAUUUCCAGUAGACAGGUCUACAGUUAUUUUGUCUGACCCAGAUACAUCUACUGCAGAUUUAGUGUUGACUUUAGAUGAGGCUCCAAAGAGGGGUAGUUUUGAGAAAGUUUUUAAGAAUUCAAAAAUCAUCUUGAGAAAAGGAGAAAGCUUUAACUACAAAGAGUUCCUGGAAGGUGUGUUUCAGUAUAGUGACAGCAGGGAUAGUGAUAUACUCUAUGACAGGAUUGUGUUGUCCGCCAGUGAUGGGAAACAUGAGACCAGGAUGUCCAUCAACAUCACAGUGCUACAUGUAGAUAAGUCAGCACCGAUACUUCUACCAACUGCUGUCUGUAGGAUUCAUGUCAGAGAAGGGGAGACAAUCCUUAUUAGUCGUAAUGAUUUUGGUUUUAUGGAUGAUGAUGAUUCUGAUGACCAUUUGAGGAUUACAUUAUUGGCUAAUCCAGUACAUGGACAGCUGGUCUAUAAAGAAUUGAAUGUUGUGAUGGAAGGAAACAUUAUAACUCAAGAUGACAUAAAUAACAACUUUAUAAGAUACAUGGCUGACAAAGAGAUAGGAAGUGAACCAGUCUCAGAUAUUCUCUCAUUUAAUGUGACAGACAGCAGUGGUAACAUCCUACCCAAUCAGGUUCUAUCUGUAACUAUAGAACCAGUGGACAACAGGGCACCAGUAGUUACUGUUGGUCCUACAAUUAAGAUUGAUGAGGGUGGUGAAGUUCUGUUGACAACAGACAACGUCAAAGUGACAGACCAAGACACAGCGGUGACAGAUUUACUGGUCCAGAUAGAAUCCAGUCCAAAGUUUGGAAAUAUUCUCUCAUAUAAACCAGAUGUGGGAGGAUCAGAGAAGACUGUGGGAGUACCUAUUACCCAAUUCUUUGUUCAGGAUCUACUGGAUGGUUUUAUCCACUACAUUCAGUCAGAUCACAAGAACAAGGAACCAGUCACUGACAGUUUCUUAUUCCAUGUUACUGAUGGUGUAAACAAAUCACCCAUGCAAAGAUUUGGAGUCCGUAUUGUGUUACUCAAUGAUGAGGAACCAUUACUGGUGACAGAACAGUUGUUUGUACAGGAACACCAGGCUGUUAUUGUCACUAAUUCAUCGUUAUAUGUGAUAGAUAUAGACACUCACCCUGAUCAGCUGUUAUUGACAGUGAAAGUUUCUCCUCAACAUGGAACCUUGGGUAGAAGAGAUCAUAUCAGUGAACCACUCAGUAGAAUCAGACCAAUACAACAAGCAGGAACAUUCACAUAUCAGGAGAUUUUAGAUGAUUUGAUAGUAUACCAGCACAAUGGUAGAGCUACAUAUGGAGAUAGGUUAACAAUUCAAGUGUCUGAUGGAGACUUUACUGAUACAAGUGCAUUAGAAAUAGUCAUUGGUCUAGUAGAUGAUGAAACACCAAGACUUGCAAUUAACAGAGGAUUAAUGUUAAAAGCAGGAUCAACAAUUCCAAUAAAGUCGCAAGAUCUGAAAGCAACAGACAUUGACUCUGAUGAUAAGAAACUGACCUACACUUUGACCCGUGACCCAACUGGUGGACGUUUGUUAAUUUCAAAUCAAAACAGAAAAGUGCCUGUUUUUACAAGAGGACCAAUAAAGAGUUUCACUCAGUUAGAUGUUGAUCAAGGUCAUCUAGAAUUUGAACAUCCUAAUGGGGAGAUAACUGGUGUUUUGACAUUUAAAUUUGAUGUAUCAGAUCCAGAAGGAAACAAGUUGAUAGAUCAGAUUUUCUACAUAACUGUAACAGAAGACAGAAUACCUCCAAAGGUUAUAGCCAAUAAAGAACUGGUUGUCCUGGAAGGAGCAGAGAUCAAAAUAACAACAGAAGUCCUGUCAUUUACUGAUGAAGACUCUGAGCCUGGAUUGUUACGUUACUACCUCCUGUCUGCACCUAAUCUGGGUCAUCUAGAACUUACCAGUAAUCAAGGAAUACCAAUAUCUGAAUUUACCCAGUCAGACCUUGCAGCAAACAGUGUAUGUUAUAUACACACCAGUAAAGAGGAAAUAUACAUGGAUAGUUUUACAUUCUCUGUCUCCGAUGGGAGUAAUCAGAUCACUCAGAAGUUGUAUAUAACCAUUACUCCCGUGGAUGAUGAAAUACCUAUUGUGACUAAUAAUGGUCUCAGGGUCCAAGAGGGGGUGAGGAAAACCAUCACAGAAUAUGAUCUGAAGGCUGAGGAUCAAGAUACUCCUGAAAGUUCUUUGAUAUUUCAUAUCGUAAAUCUGCCAGUGCAUGGAAGACUGGAUUUAAAACAAGGAGACUUUUACAUGCCUGUGACUACCUUCUCUAUGGCUGAUAUCUAUAAUGGGCUAAUCAGUUAUCAUCAUGAUGGGAGCGAAACACUUCAGGAUAACUUUUCCUUUACUGUGACAGAUGGCGCCACUAAGGUGUUUGCUAUGCAGAAAGAUCAGAGUCGUGGUGAUAUAAGUGUUAAAAGAGAUCCUGAGGAUUUUGAAAUUGAUAUCAUGCCACUAGAUGAUGGAAGUCCUGUUCUAAAAACAAACUUAGGAUUACAGUUUUUGGAACAGUCAGGAAAUCAGGCCUAUAAUUUGAUAACUCCACGAGAACUGGAGGCCACUGAUGUUGAUACUGUACCAGUUGAGCUGACUUAUGUGAUAACCAGGGGACCAGAAUAUGGAAGACUAGAGAAUACUGCUAAUCCUACAGUGGCUAUAUAUUCUUUCACACAAGAUGACAUUGACCAUGAAGUAAUUAGCUAUGUACUGACCAGCAAGGAUGAUAUAACUGAAGAUAUGUUCACCUUUGACCUUGUUGAUAGUAAGCCCAAUCGAAUAUCCAAUAAUAUAUUCCACAUCAUGUGGUCUGUGAUCGAGUUUAUCUCCCCUGAAUACAAUGUAUCAGAGUCAGCAGGAGUCAUCAGGGUACCAGUUGUUAAAAAAGGAAAUCUGAAGCAGUAUAGUGUAGUUACAUGUAAAACCAGUCCAGACACUGCAACCUAUACCCAAUCAGUGACUAGACCAGGGGACCAGGAUUAUAGGGAACAUUCAGGACAGGUCCAGUUUGAUGCUUGGCAGGAUAUGAAAGUGUGUAGUAUUAUCAUCAAUGAUGACUCAAUAUUUGAAGGUCCAGAAAGAUUCUCUGUAGACCUGAUACAGCCUGUGUAUAGUCUGAUUGGAAUUAAGAAUAAGGUCGCUGUGAUCAUAUCUGAUGAAGAAGACAUGCCUACCAUUCAAUUCAAGGACCUUGUAUACAGUGUAAAUGAGACAAGUGGAGUUGUUUCAGCUGCCCUUAUUAGAACAGGUGAUUUAAGUUCGAGUGUAUCUGUGGUGUGUUACACCACCAGUCUUACAGCCAAAGGUAGCAGUCUGGACUCUCUUGAAUCAGGCUCAGACUACAUCAGUAGAGGUCAGACUAAUGUAUAUAGAGUGACAUUUCAACCAGGGAUGACCAGGGCUAACUGUGAUGUCAAGAUAAUAGAUGACAGUGAAUAUGAGUCUUCUGAGCAGUUUGAGUUGGUGUUGUCAGCCCCAACAUACAACACUAUUGUUGGUCCAUCUGACAAGGCUACAGUCAUUAUUAUGGGACCAAAUGAUGAAUCCAUUAUUCAUCUGUCUUUGUCUCAGUACCAUUUUGAUGAGAACUCUGGUGAUGUGGAAGUGGAAGUUGUACGUCGUGGAUCAGAUCUGUCACAUGACUCCAUGGUCUGGUGUGCUACAAGGAUGACAGAACCACCAUCUGCCACACCCAGACAGGAUUAUAUCCCUAGCUCAAGUCAAAUUACAUUUGCCCCGGGCGAGACAAUUCAGAAAUGUAGAAUAACCAUACUAGAUGAUGCUGCUGAUCCUAAGUUAGAAGGCAAUGAAACCUUUGCUGUGUUCCUUAGUACACCAAUAGGCAGUAUUCUUUCCAUGCCUUAUGUUGCCAGUAUUAGCAUCUAUGACAAUGAACUAGACAUUCCCAUAAUGCAUUUUGAUUCAAAUGAGUACACAGUUGAUGAAAGUUCAAGGUCAAUCCAUGUUCCUGUGCACAGGUCAGGUGACCUUAGUUUUGAAUCUUCUGUAAUCUGUUACACAAGACAAAACACAGCACAUGUCAUGAUGGACUAUGCAGAAAGACCACUUACAGAAGUUUCCAGGAUAACAUUUCUACCUGGGGAAAAGGUUAAGAAUUGUUCAGUUAACAUAGUUGAUGAUGGAGAUUAUGAACCCAAAGAAUUAUUCUAUCUAAGACUGGCAGAACCUAAAGGGACAGAACUCUGUAAAGCAGAAUUAGGACAGGUUACCAUGACAACAAUCUUUGUUGUCAAUGAUGAAGAUGUUCCUAGGAUAAAGUUCAAGCUAGCAGACUACAGUAUAAUGGAACCAGUUUUUGCUGACGUUGUAUCUACAUUGGUUGUCAUGGUGAUGAGAAUGGGUGAUUUGAACCAUACCUCUGUUGUUAGGUGUAGUACUAGAGAUGGAUCUGCUUUGUCAGGACUGGAUUAUAAUGCUAAAAGUGUGGGAUUAGAGUUUAAACCAGGAGUGAGAUCUGUUGAGUUUUCUGUGGAUGUUAUAUAUAACAGUAAUACUGAAUGGCAUGAGUCUUUCUAUAUUGUUUUGGAUGAGAAAAGCAUGAGAGGUGCUGAGCCUGGAGACAUAAUGUCUACAACUGUGACAGUGUUAGAUGAUGAAGUCUCAGGUAGUCUUGUACUACCUACACCUCCUGUUGUUGUGUCCUUACUACAUUAUGACAAUGUAGACAUUGGAAUGGAACAGGCACCUAGUCCAGGUUAUCCUUUAGUUUGUGUCACACCAUGUGAUGUCCAUUACCCAUCAUAUGCUGUAACUCAUUCACUGUGUCAAAAAUCAGGAAUCAACCAGACUUCCAUGUUGUAUAGUUGGGAGGUUGCCAUGCCAAUAGCAGACGACAGCUCAAGGUCACCUUUUGUUACAGUUACAGAUAACACAGUGUUCACCAGUGUGGAGACAAAAGUUCUUGAUAGCAUUUACUUUAGACCUAAUUUUCAUGUAAGAUGUGUUGCCCAGCCUUUACAUAGGAAUACCAACCCUGGCAUACCAACAAGGAGUGAACCAGUUAUAAUCAGCAGUGAAGAUGGAAUAUGCAAGUCUCCUGUCUUCAGUUGGACAAACAAUUUUUAUGGGGCACAAUCAUUUUUGGCAAAACUGGAUUACGUUGGACCAGAAGAUGAGAAACAUCCAAACAGAGUCCGCAUCUCCAUCAGAAUUCCUCACCAAGAUGGUCACCUUCCACUUAUAUCAACCCAUCCACUUCAUAACUUACGAUUUGUACUUUCUGACCCAGUUUACAGACAACAACAUGUCUGUUCAAAUCUGAUCACAGACAAAGAGAGACAAAAUGUGAUAGAGAGUGGAUUCCUAGAAAGUAAUCACAUGUUUCCUCCUUCACAUAACUUCCCCUAUCAGUUUGAUCCCAGUCUGAGACAGAAUGAGACAAUUGAUUUAUACCGACAUUUGGACUUAAAGUCAUGCAUGUGGAACUUUGAGGCUUGGUAUCACAUGACAAAUCUGGUAGAUCUCUGUGGUGGAAAAGUUGUCUCCGAUUUCCAGGUUAAAGACAAUGGAAAAACUUACUUGACUGUGAGAGUUCCGUUGUAUGUAUACUACCUAUAUACCACAGCUCCUGUAGGGUGGGGCUCACUGCAGCACCAUACAGAGAUGGAAUUCUCCUUCUACUAUAGUAACAUACUGUGGCAAACUGGUCUGGAGACUGAGGGCAAAAUAGCUGGAGAUUUACAAGUACUGAAAGUACUGGUAGGCAGGGAUGGCAGACUUGUUAUAGAUUUGAAAACACAAACAAAAUUUAGAGGAAUGUAUGUACCAGAACACCACACACUACAAGGCAUACAAAGUAAGGUCAUACCUCCAGUAGGCAUGCCUGUCACCUUUGACCUUACUUUAGUUUGGUCUCAGCAGACAUUCGACAGUCCACAUCAACUAUGGAGGGCCACAAGUGAUUAUAAUUUGAAGGAUUAUACAGGAAGAUAUACAGUAGAACUAAUUCCUUGUUUGGUCAAGUCCACACAGAUAUUUAUGUCAGCAGACACACCCUGCACAGCUAAGCAACCUCAGAGAUUUGAAGUACCAAUAGCAUUCCAGCAGUCAAACAGACCUGUUCCGUUGGUGUAUUCUUUAGAUACAAGGUUUGAAUUAACAAAUAAUAAAGAGGUGUUCCUAAAGAAUCCAUACAUCAGUGCCUCAGUCCUGGAUCCUGAAUAUGACAGAUCAUUUGCUCCAGGUGAGGUUCUGUAUGGCAGAGUUUUAUGGAAUCCUGCACAAGAUCUCAGAGAAGCUUACAGUUUGUCUAUUGAGAAAGUUUAUCUUUGUACAGGAAGUGAUGGAUAUGUUCCAACCUUUGACCCACAAGGUGAUGUGUAUGGUGAUGGGCCACAGUUUGGAUGUUUACAGCCAAGUCCUAAACUACAGUAUAGGUUCCUUAUACUGGACAAAGGAAAUCGGGAUGUAGAAGUGAGACAUUUUCAUAGUGUCCCUUUUAAUGCCAAAUUUCCCACAGAUUUGAACAAUAUUCCAGGAGUAGAUGGAUUUUAUCUCAGCGUUGAUCCUCUAUACAAGGUUAUGUCAGGACAUCAGUGGUAUUUACAAGUUUUAUAUGUAAUCACAGAGGCAGGAGCGUCUCCUCAUCGAUUCAUUAGAAAGAGAUCAGCCAUGUUUUCUCAACCCAAAAAACGUGAAUCGCAGCUUCCAAAUAAUAUCAAAGAGACUAAUUCCAAUCAGAAUGGAACUGAUAUACAUCACAUUCCAAUUAAUAGUGCUAUAUUACAAGAAGACAUGACUUUAAAACAGUCCACAAUUAGUACUCUGACUUAUGUUAUUCCAAUAAUAUCAGUAUUCAUAAUACUCAUAAUUUUAGUCAUAAUAAUUUUUAUAAUAUUCAAACGAAGAAGACGAAAAAAGAAAGAAGUUAUAGAAAUGAAGAAGAAUAAUUUAGAAUUUGCCAAAGAAAACUCUUUACCUCUACUAAAUCAAAACAGACUUAGUUUAAGACUCUCAGGAUCAAGGGUCAAUGUAAAUGUGACAGAGGUCAAGGACAGUUUUGUGACCUCUAGUGAGAAAGAUAGGAGACCUAGUGUCAAGGUCAAAAAUACUAAUAUUAAAUCUCAGGGAAAAGUACAAGGAACUGAAGUAUGAUAUUUGUAUGUUUUUUUUUAUAUCUGAAUAUGAUUUAAACUCAAUAUACUGUGAAAGAUUACAUUAUGAUCUGUUUAUUUGUUUUAUAUAUUCUGUAAUUGAUUUUUAAACUCUCCACUUACAGUGAUUACAGUAAAUUCAGAAAUUAUUGCUUGCAUUUACUGUGAUUUCUUUCGAUUACAGGAAAAUCUGUAUUCAAAUGUAUGUGUUAGAUUUCGGAAUAAGAGUUCAUAUUAUUUUGCAUUAAUUUGCAAUGAUAAAAACAUUGCAAUAACUUCUGAAUUUACAGGAUUAUUUCAGCUCUUAAAAGAUCAAAUACUCAUAUUUAUUGAACAUUUCUAUUUUUAUUACUUUAAUACCAAAACAUGUUAUGGUUGAUUGGGUUCUUGUUAAUUUGUUACACUGAUUUUUGUAAUCAGUUUUAAUAUUUAUAUUAAACCUCCUGUUACACUGUACACUGUACUAUGAAAAUAUUCUGAAGAUAUUUAUUUUGCCAUUUAAGUAUGUCUCAGAAAAAGACAGUGCAAUAGAAGUUUAGUAACUUAUGUAAUAUGAUAUAAAAUAACUGAAUAUACUCAGUGGAACAGCUCAGGACUCCAAUCCUACUCAUUAAAUUGACUUUCAUAACUCUCAUUAACAUGCAUAUAUUUUUUUACUCGUGAGAAAUGUUGGCGCAAUUUUCCCAUUUAGUUGUCAUUUUUGAAAAUAAUGAAUUUUCACAAAAGAUUUAUUUCAGUCACUAAAGUAAAUCAUGAUCGGUAGGUCAUUGAAAUAUAUGACUUCUAAUAUUUUGAUGUCAGUUUUUUUUAAAUAGAUUCUCAUAUAAAGACAGUUAAUUUAAGUCAUUUAAGAAAAAAUAUGCUAUUGACCAAAGAUGAUUUGGAUUUAAAAUGGUUGCUUGAUACUGUUGUAAUCAUUUAGAGCACUUGUGAUAUACUUAAAGUAAAUUUUUGAAAGCCUUGAAGUUGAACUUCAUAGAAAGUUUUUGGAAUUAUAUAAAGAUAUUACAAAUGGAGGACAAGUUAUUCAUCUAAUAGAGAUAGAAAUAAGAAGUGUUGAAUAUUGAGGUCAAUUAUGGUGCCAUUAUGUUGUUUUUGAAGUGAACGAUUUGAUUGUAAUUAAGUACCAGUUAUAUAUGAUGCCAAGUUUUCACACAUUGGUUAGUGCAAUAUAUGUGUUUUUAUCAUGUAGUUAUAUUAGUAGUUUAUAGUUGUUUUGUAUUAAACAAGGAAUUAUUUGAAACUAGAUUUUUUUUUUAAAUCUGAAAUAAGCUACGGCUAAAGGGUUAGUUGAAUUUACAUUUCUUUUAUAUUAACCAAUCAGAUCCCCUUAGCCAUGCUAGAAACAAAACUGUAUUUUUAUUUUUCUAAAUCUUUCCAGUUUUUAUUAAUUCCUUGUUAUGAGAAAUCCUGUUAUGAUACUCUUGGUAACGAUGUUAAAUGUAUUUCUACUUGUAUAGCCCCCUUUAUCUCAUAACAUGUCUUCUAUUUAUAUAGUUAAUUUCCCCUGACUCUUUCUGGUAACGAUUUUAAGUGUAUUUUUAUUUAUAUAUCCCCUUUAUUUCAUAAGAUGUCUUCUAUUUAUAUUGUUAAUUUCCCCUAACCAAAGGAUAUUAUAUGUUAAAUUUCCAUUCAGAUUCGCUUUAAUUUUUCCAUACAAUCCUCAUCUCUGUUCUCACUUCACCAUCAAUCAUAAAUAAUCCAUAAAAGUCAAUCAAUGAACAUACUGUUAGCAUGAAUAUUUUUGGAGGUGUGUAAUUUAAGCAGUAUCAAUGGAUAUGUGAUGCAUGCAUUGAAUAAGUUGAGAUGUACAAACAUUAGCACUGGGAAUAUUUUAAGGCGUUGUAUGUAAACAAAUAAUGGUGAAUUUUUUCAUAUUUCUUACUUUUUUACAUAUACAUAUUAUGUUGGUUGUUAUAAAGAUAUUAUUAUAGUAUUAACAUUACUGAUGAAGUGGUGUUGGCUUAAUCUUUGUUUAACUACCUCAUCUAGUAAUUAUAUUGGACCAUAAUUGUUACAGAUAGGAGUGUCCUAUGUUUGUCCAUGCAUAAUAUUUCUGACUUCACCCCAAACGAUUUUUUUUGUAGAGGGGAAUUUAAAGCAUAAACAUUAUAUCUAUGUAGUUCUCCUUUGCAGAGUUGCACUAUAUUUGAGAUUGCAUGAUUCUAAAAUAGGACAUUUUUAUGAGGUCUUCUUUUCGUGAUGUUUACCAAUUUUGUGAAACAAAAAAACUAGGUCGUUAAGUUACACUCCUUUCUGUUACAACAAAUUGAAGUUUUUAAUUACCUUGACUGGCUAUACAGCCUUUGCACGGUCGGCUCCUUUCUGUUAUAAAUUAUGGUCAAAUACUUUAUACAUUCUAACAGGUUUAGAUCCAUCCGUGUCAAAUUGUAUUAAUUGUGCAUUUACUCAUUUACAAACACUCAUUUUACAAAAUAAAAAAGUUAUAAAUCA